AAUCAAAACUCCAAACCUGAUUUAUACGUGUGUGCGUUCCUUCGUUCGUUUGUGGAAGAUAAUUCAGUAAUAGUUAAGGUGUUCGUGGGCGUCCUCUAGUGAAAUGUUUAUGCUGUCAGUUGUCUAAUGUAUUACAUGUUUCACCAGCAAGCAUACAGGGCCACUAUUGCCGCAUAGGUACAAUUGUUGCAGUAGAGGAGAUACAGCUGCAUUUUGUGUUAAAUCUGUGAUUACCACAAUGUCUAGUCCUCUCUGUGUUAAUGUAUAUGCUACUAGUGCCACAACAGAGAAUCUUAGUAGGCAUGAGAUGUUGAAUUGGGUUAACGACUGCUUAGAAACACAGUACUCCAAGAUAGAAGAACUAUGUACAGGAGCUGCAUAUUGCCAAUUUAUGGACAUGCUUUUCCCAGGUUGUAUUUCCCUGAAGAAAGUGAAGUUCAAAACACAACUAGAGCAUGAAUACAUUACUAACUUUAAAGUCCUUCAGUCAGCAUUCAAGAAAGUUGGAGCUGACAAAGUAAGCUGCUCAUCUGUAGAUAGGGAUUAACGUUUCCACCAUUGU